GUUUCUACAAUUGUUAUUAUUAGUUGAUUGAUUGAUUAAUUGGUGUUUGUGUUAAACAUUGUCAGCGAAUUAGAUAAAUUCUCCCGGAAAAAAAAAAUGAAUCCAAAAUCCAUCAUUCUGUUUACCGUUUCGAUCAUCACUUUUGUCACAAUCAUCGAUUGUACGGAAAUGAAAUCCGAUUCGAAUAGUACCCUAUCAUAUAGCCGAUCAUCACGUCAUGCAAAAUCAUUUCGAAUGGAAAAAGAAAAUGCAUUGGCAACAAAUGAAGUGUCACAAUUUUUAAAUACAAAAAAUAUUGUUAAAACAAUUGUUAAACUUGUAUUCGGUUCAAGUGAAGAAAGUACAGCUACAUCAAGACAGGUAUUAAAUCUUUUGGUCAAAGUAUUGGAUAUGGUUAAAACAAAUUUUGCACAACGACGUAAUGGCCGUUCAUUGGCUAAUGAUGAACGUGGACUAAAAGAUUCACUUGAUGAUGCAGCAAUUGCUGGUAUUACAAUGAUGAAAGGUUUUGUACGAUCAUUUUUAGCCACUGAUACAAAAUGUAUUCAAAGACAUAUUUGCGAUGCUGCUUCGAAUGCAGCACGAGAAUCACGUGAACUUGGUUCGGUUAUUUCACAGAUUGGAGGGUAUGCAUCAAGCUAUGUAUUGGAUAAUCAAAAAAUGUCACCAUUCAAUUCUAAUUAUGAUGCUGCACGUAUUGGCCGUAGUGGUGGUGAUUGCCGUAAAAUGUAUAGCUGUGCUGAAUCUGAAUUGUAAAAUCUGAAUAAUAAUAAUAAAAAAAAUCAAUUUCAAAAUAAAAAUUGAUUAAUUGGAA